AUGACGACGCCUUCGUCGCAAGCGCUAGCUAAGCGCAAUGCCGACACUCAACUCAUGCCGCCUCCGCCGCCGACCAAGCGCAUCAAACGCCCGUCGCGAGUAAUCGACGAGGAUGUCUACACCGACGCCCUUUCGCACAUCAUCGCCCGCGACUACUUCCCUGGAUUGCUCGAGAGUCAAGCACAGCAGGAGUAUCUGGAGGCCUUGGAAUCGAACAAUAACGACUGGAUCCGAGAUGCUGGCCGCAAACUACACCAAGCCAUGACUCCCGGUCCUCGAGCGAGGAGAGGCACCUCUCUGGCACCUUCGGCAACUCCGCGUGGCUGGCAGGGCGCUACCCCUAUGAGGACACCCUCCGUCGCUCCUUCAGUGGCUUCUAGUAGCGCCGAAUCCUCGAAGCCGCCGAUAGACACUUCGCUCUCACUAGGCGAAUUCCAAGCCAAAUACACGUCUGAAGACAAUGAAUCUUUCAACUCCCUGCUUGACCGUCAGAAUCAGAAGCGUGCUGAAAAGUACGCUUUCUUUUACAAUGGGAACAAGCUGCCGUCUAAGCAACAGCUGGCCCAGCAGAAGCUUCUCACGAGUGCGCCCUCAUCAUCAACGGCCCUCGUAACUCGCCCUUCGCAAAACCUUGACGAUCGCUCUGCUUCUUUCGACUCCUUUCCGAGCCGCCAAGGGCCGCGUAACACUUUGAUGUUUGCGCCAGAAGGCGUCGAGGACACACACGAGACACAGUUCGAUCGUGCUCAGGCCGCCUCGGUCGCUGCUCCUAAAUCUGUCUCCUACGCCUCCACACGCAUGCCCUUGACUCUCUCUGACGAAUCAUCUAUCCCACCUUCACCUUCCAUGUCUGCGAUUGAUGCUGCCAUUGCUGGUCGGCCACGCCCGUCUUCGACAGAUGCAGGUUAUUCCGGUGCCGAGACACCCCGAGUCAAAGGGUACGCAUUCGUCGAUGCCGAGCCGCUACCCCACGAGAUGGAUCCUCCAAAAGGUGUUCCUGUGUCGGACGCCGAAGCAGAUGCUGAAGAACGUGCAUCUGCCAUGGCUCUGUUACCUGCAGCUGAUCCCGAAGCUGCCAACAAUCCUUUCAAGUUGCAAGCUCAAAGCAAGCGAGAGGAGAUACAUCACAGACUCGUCGAAAGGUCAAACAUGCAAAGGAGGAAGCCUACAGCCGGAGGCAGGCUAAGUGCAUUGAAGGGACAGGAUGGACGGACGCCGACACCCAAGUUCACCAGCAGCCCCGCAAUAGGUCGCCAAACCCCCGGAGCAAACAUGACACCAGCCGCACGUCUACUGGCUUCGAGGAUAGGAGGUCGUACGCCUGGAAGGACCGACACACUCUUUGGCAGCCAACAAACUGGCGACAGAUCUAGUCGGGUGUGGACCCCAACACCACGAGUCAAGAAGUCGAUGGGAUGA